AUGUAUUUAUGCUCUGAACAUUUCACUGCUGUUUCUCCUACAGAGGCGCUUCGCACCGCGCGCCCUGCUGUUGUGCGCUCCGGUGAAGAGGCGGCGCUCCGGUGGAGUCUGAAGCGCAGUGCCGCAGCUCGCUCACAUUCAGAUGAACUGCAUACCGUGAAGUCGAUCGAGGAAAGCGGAUUUAUUACUGACUUUUACGGAGUUUCUUACGUGUGUGUUAUUUUGUGCACGGUGCUUCAGGCUUGGAUAUACUACUGCGCAGCUAAAUCUAUGGACCAUUUAAACGAGAAUAAAAGCUCCAGUGUCAUUCUGAAGUUGUGUUGGAAGUGUGCGUUUGUGUGGGUGUGUGUACGCGUGUGUGAUCAUAAACUCAAUAAACUCCAGCAGUUCACACAAACCGACCAAACUGACCCUGAUCACCAGCGUCACACUGCAGGGGACAGAGAGAAGAUUCUCCAUAGCAGACAGUCGCAGAGGAGGAGCGGGAUUGUGGUCGGAGGUGAAUUAUUGACGCAGCUUUCCAAAAAAAACCCUUCUGGCCCUGAACUCAAUCCGCUCAUUUGCAUGCUGAGAAUGGGGAGAAUAAAUUGGAUUGAUGUACAGAAAAACAUCUCUGAUUGCAUUGCCUUGGUCACAUGGGCAUCACCUCCGAUGAGAUUCUUUCUGUCAAGAACGACAUUUCACUGGACACACACAGAUGCUCUGGACAGUUUUAUUCGCUGGAAAGAUGAAGCUGUCUAGAGAGUGUUUCCUGUCACCACCUUUCAGACUGGUUAAACACAUAACAUUGAUGGCAGCGGUUAGGAAUGUCGCACUGUUGCGUCUCAUACUGGUGACAGUGGGAUAAGCGGCACACUCUCACUCUGUCUCUCUCACACACCCACACUCUCUCUCUCCACACCUUCUCUCCAUCUGGCUUCUGUUUAUUUGCCUUGAUCUGGGCAGUCAUGUCUUCUCAAACAUAAGGUGCUUGACUACAAAGGUCCAGAUGGCUAUACGGGUGCAGGAGCUCCAUACUAUACUUCCAUGUACUGAUGAUGUCAUGUUAUCGGAUGAACUGUAGGACAAAUAUUACUAUAUUGUGCCCCCCCAGGAGCUAAUAUAUAUUAGUAAUAAAUAUACGCUGGCAGUGAGGCCUCCUCUGGAGACAGAGGGAGCAGUAAAGCUCUGGGAGCUGGGAGACUCCUGUUGAGGAAUCUUGGUCUACUCCUUUAUCCUUAAGUUUUUGAAAGCCUUUGUAAUCCCUGGUUUGUGCACAUGAACGUCUGGGUUCAGAACUUUUUCAAUAAAAUGUAUUUAAAAUGGAUUGUAAUGUAUUUAAAAUGGAUUACGACAGUAAUUGCACUAAAGUCAUGAUCUUGUUUAUGGGUUUAUGUAUCGUCAAACCUGCACCUCACAGCUCAGAACAUAGAUCAGGUGCAGCUUUUUGUGCAGUCUCACACUUCACUUCACACAAUUAUUCAUUCCUAUAAGAGACUAAAAUAUGUUUUAGUGUGUGUGUAAUGUUUCUUUAGAUCCUGGUUGGGAUGUUUUAUAUGUUCUAUUGUGUAUAAAAUAUAGGUUUAUGAGAUUUACAAAGCAUUGCAUUCUGUUUGUAUUUGGAAUUAGGGUUAUACAUGUGUGAAACCUUAUGCGUGGCAGUCUGUAGGUUAUCCAGACAGACUGUUGCGGAAGAGAAAUAACAGACAAAUAAAUUUCUUAUAGUUUUCUGUCAAA